AUGGGCCGUCAAAAGCAAACAAACCCGCUACAGCGAACUCCCUCACAGUCAAUGCGCAAUGAAGCCGAAGCCGCCGCCCAAGUUGCUGAGAAGCAUGUCAAUGGACGCGCUACAAAUCCAGUGAAUGUUCAAGAGGCCGGCCCGACAAAGGUAGCUGCGACCCUGGAGACAGUCGCCGACACUCCUGGAUUGAUGCAGCUGCUCAUCUGCGUGCUCGGUAUUUACGCGGCAUUCCUCUCAUGGGGUGUCCUACAGGAAGCAAUUACCACAACGAGCUACGCCAUUCAUCCUGCAAGCGCUGCCGACCCUGAGCCUGAGACAGAGCGCUUCACCUACUCUCUAGUCCUGAAUACCAUUCAGUCGUCCUUUGCCGCCAUCACUGGCUUCCUCUACCUCUACCUCUCUACACCCAAGGGCCAGAGCAUGCCCUCAAUCUUCCCUACGCGCAGCAUAAUCUUCCCGUUGCUUCUGGUCAGCAUUUCCUCGUCACUCGCGUCUCCAUUCGGGUACGCCAGUCUCGCGCAUAUCGACUACCUCACCUUUAUUCUUGCAAAAUCAUGCAAGCUCCUCCCAGUCAUGCUCCUACAUUUGACUAUAUUCCGCAAGAAGUACCCGCUAUACAAGUAUGGUGUUGUGCUCUUAGUCACUCUCGGCGUUGCUACCUUCACCCUACACCACCCAGGAACGAGUAAAAAGGUUGCUGCAUCGGCAGAGAAGCAGUCCGGCUCUUCCAUGUGGGGUAUCUUCCUGCUGUCUAUCAACCUGCUGCUUGACGGCCUGACAAAUACGACGCAAGAUCAUGUCUUCACCUCUCCCAAGAGGUACACCCGCUUUUCUGGUCCCCAGAUGAUGGUUGCGCAAAAUGUCCUCUCUACGCUUCUGACCUCUGCAUAUCUUUUGAUCAUGCCCCAUGUGUCUCAGAGCGGUAUUCUGCACAACUUGCUACCUAUUCCCAUCCCUCCCUCCACUGAGACGGAGCUGUUCUCGGCCAUCUCCUUCCUCACUCGUCACCCCGAAGCGUUGAAACACGUACUCGGAUUCGCGGCUUGUGGCGCUGUCGGCCAAUUGUUCAUCUUCUACACCCUGUCGCACUUCUCAUCUCUGCUGCUGGUCACUGUGACCGUCACCCGCAAGAUGUUGACCAUGCUCUUGAGCGUGUUCUGGUUUGGUCACUCCCUUUCCGCCGGACAAUGGCUAGGCAUUGGCCUAGUGUUCGGUGGCAUUGGCGCCGAAGCCGUGGUGCAAAGAUCAGAGAAGAAGGCCAAGGAGAAGGCCAAGCUUGAAAAUGCCAAGAAGGCGCAGUAG